CAUAGAUCAAUUCAGUGUUAAUUUUAAAAACUUCUAUAAUGCAGUCUUUUCUAUUAUAUUAAUGACGCCACUACGGGAUACUAUGUUUGUUGUACGUUUAGUACAUAUUAUAUGCACGGCCACGACUUAACCUCAAAAUCUGGUUCUCUAUUAAAGUAAUUCCCUAUACAUUUCAUUGUAUUGACAACUAUCUAAAAAUUAAAAAGAUAUCCGUGUAAAUGUGAAAUUCUUAUUAAUAAAUAAAUAUUUUAACGUUUUUAAUCAAAUUGAAAAUAAUUUUGAACGAGAAUAGAAAAGUGACGUUGACGUAAAGAAAGAUAUUUUUUUUAAGGUUAAAGUUUACAUAAACAAUUUUAAACUUCAAUUUCUGAUAUUAAGUUUUAAAAAUAACUGAAUAAAGUAAAAUGUCAGAUGAGGAGGAUUAUAUGUCUGAUAAAUUUUUGGAAUUAUCUGAGAAAUGCGCUACGCCAAGUCUAGUUCAUAGACACACGGAUAGAAGACAGUUUGAAUUAGAAAAAAAAAGGGCAGAGAUUGAAGCAAAAAUGAAAGAAAAAAAUAAAUCGAUACAUUUAAUAGAGCAUGAAAAACGAGAAGAGGGCUUGUCUAAUGCCAUAACAAGUAAUAACAAAGGUUUCGCAUUGCUUAUGAAAAUGGGAUAUAAACCAGGACAAGGUAUUGGAAAAACAGAAUCAGGUAUUAUCGAACCAAUUGGGGUUGAAUUGAAAGCUAAUCGACAUGGACUAGGCAAAGCACCAAAACAAAAAGUAACCAAACCAAAAAUUGUGAAUACACUAUUAGAUAAUUCACGCAUGAAAAAUUUUCGAGAAAGAAUAGCGGAAAAAGAAUUAGAAAAAAUGUUAAAGUUAGAUUUAUACAAAAGUCAGAAGAUUUGUCAACAACUAGAUACUAAAGCAAAUAUAGAAGAACCUCAGGAAUCAUGGUUUUGGUUAAAUGACACAGAGAAAGAAAAAGAAGAAGAAGAGAAAGAAGAAGAAGAAGAAAAAGAAGAAAUAGAAGAAAUAGAAGAAGAAGAAGAAGAAGAACUUACUGUUAACGAAAAAUUAGAUAUUCUAACAAAAUAUUUACGUGGAAAGUACUUUUAUUGUAUUUGGUGCGGUGUAUUAUUUGAUAAUGAAGAUGACUUAAGGGAUAAUUGUCCAGGAUGUACAAGAAAUGAUCAUUAGAAAGUGCAUUAAAAAAUAAAUAUUCGAUUAA